AUGUUUGACGAUGAAGGCUCACCUAAGGAGGAGGGGAAGUGCAUGGUUGUCAGGUCGCUGUCGGCAACGCCGACACUGGACUGGGUGGAUAUGUGGAAUGUCUUGAAUGCAAACCACCUGAGAAAACUGAACAAUUUUAAUUCCUACCUUGCCAUCCUCUCUGCCCUGGAUUCCGCCCCCAUCCGUCGGCUGAAGCAGACAUCAGAGGGGCUUGCUGAAUACUGCACUCUGAUGGACAGCUCGUCGUCUUUCCGGGCCUACCGUGCAGCGCUCUCUGAAGUUGAGCCGCCGUGUAUACCAUACUUGGGUCUAAUCUUACAAGACCUUACGUUUGUGCACCUGGGAAAUCCAGACCACAUUGAUGGGAAAGUGAACUUCUCUAAACGGUGGCAACAGUUCAAUAUCCUGGACAGCAUGAGACGUUUCCAGCAAGCUCAUUAUGAAAUUCGCCGGAAUGAUGACAUCAUCUCUUUCUUCAAUGACUUCAGUGAUCACCUGGCCGAGGAGGCGCUAUGGGAACUGUCCUUGAAAAUCAAACCUCGGAAUAUCACCCGGAGGAAAACAGAAAGAGAUGAGAAAACAUAAGUUGGGGGAAUGACUGCCAAGUGGACAUUGAAGAAGAGAUCUCCCUGACUGAGGGGGGGAAUCAAGGGGUAGAUCAAGAUAUUCAUUGUGUUUACUAGUUGUCGCUGCCCCCUCCCAAAGAGUUGGGUUACCCCGCCCACUGUCGUCUUGUGUCUUACGUUGUUAUUUUACGGUCUCCUGGACUGUUGCGAUCACACACCGUUCCGUGCCAUGUCUCUGUACAGACCUGUCUCCUACUUCCCACAAAAUUGGAAAGUCGGACAUAUUGGAUUUUGUGCUGUGGUUUAGGCGACUAGUGCAGACCUUCCCCAUUCAUGAACCGAGGACUAACUGUGUCAACAAGCUGGUAAAGACUGUAUGCUGAGCCUAGAUCCUUAAAGUUAUCGUUUAGGGUUGUUGUUUCCCCCCAUAACCCACAGGUGUGUUUUUUACUUUGGUUUUGUUUCUCCUCCACCCCCAGCAGAGGGCAGCGCACAGCUCCUGUAAAUAUCCACAUUCUGUUUCGGAGGGAGGCAGAAGUAUUGUUAUAUGUAUUAUUAUAUAUAUUAUUUUUUUCUUUUAUGCUGUUGCAUGAUAAGUAUACAGAGACUGAUUGUGUAAUGUAUAUAGAGGAGAAAUUACAUGCCAGAUCCAGAAUCUGUGCAAG